ACACAUUCCACGAUGAUGCAACAUUACCCCCUCCGUCAUUAGACGCCUCCGGUGUUACCCAUGACAACGAGGGAUCUAAGAGGAUACAGAGAAACUCUCGUAGCCGAGCAUUUUAUCACAAGAAAAAUGAGGAACUAACGGUUGAUGAUAGAGAUGAUUUGAAUGAAAAGAUACGAGGGAAGCGCGUGCAGCGCCGCAAAAGCAGGUCGGAUAUUGAGAAGGGGCAGUCAAGUGCUCAAAGGAAGGCCUGUUAUGCUAAAAGGAAAAAUACCCCGUGCAAAGAAUCUCUCGCACUCCCUCGUCCAGACAUUACUAACUCAACAGCUGAUAGUCUCGCAAUCCCCCUCUCUCGGGCUGCCGACGAUGAUUCAUCGGAUGGCGACCCUCCCCCGGUCAUGCCGAAUUACGGUGUUUGCACCCCUGACGACAUCAAUGUGUUCCCAGAGCCCAUCAUGGGCGAUGAGCCGACACCAGCCGAAAUGAUGGAUGAGGAGUACUACUUGUAUCGUGACCAAGGAUCCGAUAAUGACGCAUUCGAGGAUGACGAGGAAGCUAGCAUGACGUCUUUUAUAUCUGGCGAGGUUGAUCCAUUAGACUGUGUGUACACAAACAUACCAGACCACACCCACAUCCUGAAGCUCGACACAAACUGCAAACACUGCAAGGCCAUAAAGUUUGUUUCUGAGACUGACGGAUUCUGCUGUCGCAAUGGACAGAUCGAGCUUAAACAACCGGAACCAAUCCCAGAGCUUAUGAGGCUAUGGUCCAGCAUGGAUGCAGAUUCCAGACAUUUUCGUGAGAACAUACGGUUCUUCAAUGGGCAUUUCGCCUUCACAACCCUUGGCGUCAGCCUUGAUGAGAACUACACGAACAUGAAGUCUGGGGUAUACACAUUCCGGCUCACGUCCAGAACAUCUGCAGUUGUACUUCUAUGA